GCCUGUGGGCAGGAGGUCCUUAGGGACCUGGGAGGGCAUCAGCCUUUUCCUGGGUCUAAAGGUGAUGACAUAGCCACAAAGGCAGGUUUAGAAGAAGCCCAGGGACUAGGCCAUGAAGACCAGUUUUGCAUAUCUGCUGUCUUGAGUUUGAGGACUGUCGCCCCUGUGGCCCAUCCCCGUGUGUAUCUCCCCCACCUGCAGUUUCCAGGGCUGACAAACCACAGUAUUCUGCCUGCGGUAUCUGUUCAGUGACAUAUCACGUUCUCUGUCCCGAGCGCAGUGUGCCUUAGGACCUGAGGGACUGUGAAAGCAGGUGGUCCCUGGGAGAGCCGAAGUGAGAGAGGAGCAAAAUUCCAGGAGGGGGACCAGAGAUGAAUAGAACGCAAGGCCUGUUCCCAACAUGUAAAGACUGGAGCUGGGGACAAAGCAGGAGCUCUGCCCAAGCGAGGAAGCACCAGCCCUGAACCAUGCUGCUUGCUGCUGUGUUGAAGGGAGCUGACUUCUAAUUGACCUGCCGGCCCUGCACGCAGCUCCUGGAGCUGGUGGAGGGAGGGAGAGCUUGAGCAAGCAAGAGCAGCCGUUAAUGCGGCUAUCGAUUCCUGCCACCAGGCAGCAGGCCUUAGAGGCGGGGGACACAUGGGCUUUGGCUCCUGUCGCUUCAGCCUGUAGAUCUAUCUCUUCCUUCUUCCCUGUCUCUGUAGUUGGGGCUGCUGCUGUGUUGGGGCCCCCGGGCGAGGAAGUUGAACUCAAGAGCUGGAAGAGGUGACUUUGGUGCUUUCUGACUUUUGUCUGUCAGCACACACACACACACACAUCCCCACCUCCAUCCCCCACAUCCCCGACUCUGCACACCCAGGGUCAUUAGUGCCAAAGAGGGAUCACUGGUCUCUAAGGAAGAAGGUCUGGAAAGGUGAUCUAGGCUGGCCCUUGGAGGUGAGGUGAGAUCCCACAAAAUCCUCAGGUAGAUUGAUGGUCCUCUUCCUCUUACCGGCCUGACCUCCGACCAAGCCUUCCUAGGAUUGUCCAGAGUAAACACGUUUCCACGAGGACACCGGACCAUGUGCCUGCCCUGACUGAGGCUCACCAGGCAUCUCUCUUGCGGGCAGCAGGGUUCCACACUCAUCUGUGAGGCCCCAGCAGUUUGUAGGCUCUCCCAGCAGUGGGGUCUGGGCCUGGGCCCCAUCAUGUCGAACCUCGGCGGUGGCUCCCAGGACACCGGUGGUGGUGGUGGCAGUGGCGGUGGCGGCGGCGGCGGCAGCAAUAGCAGCAGUGGCAGUGGCCCAAAGGCAGGAGGAACAGACAAAAGUACCACAGUGGCCGCGGCUGCACCAGCCUCGGUGGCAGAUGACGCCCCACCCCCGGAGCGUCGGAACAAGAGUGGCAUCAUCAGCGAACCCCUCAACAAGAGCCUACGUCGCUCCCGCCCGCUCUCCCACUACUCUUCCCUUGGUAGCAGUGGCGGCAGCGGAAGCAUGCUAGGGGGGGAGUCUGCUGACAAGGCAGCCGCAGCCGCAGCCUCCCUGUUGGCCAAUGGUCAUGACCUGGCUGCGGCCAUGGCCGUGGACAAAAGCAACCCUACCUCAAAGCACAAAAGUGGUGCUGUGGCCAGCCUGCUGAGCAAGGCGGAGCGGGCCACAGAGCUGGCAGCCGAGGGACAGCUGACGCUGCAGCAGUUCGCACAGUCCACAGAGAUGCUAAAGCGCGUGGUGCAGGAACACCUGCCGCUGAUGAGUGAGGCGGGCGCCGGCCUGCCCGACAUGGAGGCUGUGGCCGGUGCCGAAGCCCUCAAUGGCCAGUCCGACUUCCCCUACCUGGGCGCCUUCCCCAUCAAUCCAGGCCUCUUCAUCAUGACCCCAGCGGGUGUGUUCCUGGCGGAGAGUGCGCUGCACAUGGCCGGCCUGGCCGAGUACCCCAUGCAGGGAGAGCUGGCGUCUGCCAUCAGCUCAGGCAAGAAGAAGCGGAAACGCUGCGGCAUGUGUGCGCCCUGCCGGCGGCGCAUCAACUGCGAGCAGUGCAGCAGUUGUAGGAACCGAAAGACUGGCCAUCAGAUUUGCAAAUUCAGAAAGUGUGAGGAACUCAAAAAGAAGCCUUCCGCUGCUCUGGAGAAGGUGAUGCUUCCGACGGGAGCCGCCUUCCGGUGGUUUCAGUGACGGCCGGGAACCCAAAGCUGCCCUCUCCGUGCAAUGUCACUGCUCGCGUGGUCUCCGGCAAGGGAUUCGGGCGAAGACAAACGGAUACACCCGUCUUUAGAACCAAAAAUAUUCUCUCACAGAUCUCAUUCCUGUUUUUAUAUAUAUAUAUUUUUUGUUGUCAUUUUAACAUCUCCACGUCCCUAGUAUAAAAAGAAAAAGAAAAAAAAAAAUUUAACUGCUUUUUCAGGAGAAGAACACAACAAAAGAGGUAAAGACGAAUCUAUAAAGUAACGAGAGUUCCUGGGCAAAGAAUGGACAAUCAGUCUCCUUCCUGUGUCGAUGUCGAUGUUGUCUGUGCGGGAGAUGCCGUUUUGUGUAGAGAAUGUAAAUUUUCUGUAACCUUUUGCAAUCUAGUUACUAAUAAGCACUACUGUAAUUUAGCACAGUUUUAACUCCGUUCUCAUCUUAAACUUCCUUUGAUUCUUUCCAACCAUGAAAUAGUGCAUAGUUUGCCUGGAGAAUCCACUCACGUUUAUAAAGAGAAUGUUGAUGGCACCGUGUAGAAGCCCCUCUGUAUCCAUCCACAUGUGCAGAGCUACAGCCAGAGCCCACUGGGACUGGGAGUUCCUGGCCCAGGCCCGGCCAAGUUGCACCCGCCGUCCCCUGGCUGGGAUCCCCCACUCCAACAAGUGACGGAUUUUGGAGAGAUGAAAAUUCUGUUCGCUGAUCCGCUGAGAUCUGGGGAGCCCGCAUCUCAAUCCUGGCUACUUCCCCUAGAGAAAAUAAGCCCUCUUUUUCAGCCUUGCUCAGAGCGGCAGAAGGAAGGGCUUCUCUGCGUGGCCCCCUACCUACUGGUAGGGGUGGGUGCCCAGGGGGGCUCCCUGCCUGUGGCCAGCUCCCUGCUGAGGAAACAUGCUGUUUGUAUUGUUUUAGGAGACCAGGCUGUUUUGUGAAUAAAACUGAAUGCAUGUUUGUGUCAUGAUA